AUGAAGCUCUCGUCUACUUGGGCUAUUGCCUGUCUGGCGGCCCAGGCUGCUGGUGCUGCUAUUAGCCAUCAAUUGAAUGGGUUGACGAUUACCGAGCAUCCGGAUCCUGUUAAGCGGGCUUUGCUUCAGAAAUAUGUGACAUGGGACAAGGAUUCUUUAUUCGUCAAUGGCGAGAGGAUCAUGCUGUUCAGUGGUGAAAUCCACCCGUUCCGUCUGCCUGUUCCAUCUCUGUGGAUUGAUGUCUUCCAAAAGGUCAAGGCUUUAGGAUUCAACUGCGUUUCUUUCUAUGUUGACUGGAAUCUGUUGGAAGGCAAGCCCGGGCAAUAUACUGCCGAAGGAAUCUUUGCGCUGGAGCCUUUCUUCGAUGCUGCCAAGGAGGCUGGUAUCUAUCUCCUCGCUCGUCCCGGUCCCUACAUCAACGCCGAAGCAUCGGGUGGUGGUUUCCCAGGUUGGCUUCAGCGUGUGAAUGGAACAUUGCGAACUAGCGAUCAGGCUUACCUAAAGUCAACUGAUAACUAUAUUGCCAAAGUCGCCGCGACAAUCGCCAAAGGGCAGAUCACAAAUGGCGGUCCAAUCAUUCUGUAUCAGCCCGAGAAUGAAUACAGCGGUGCCUGCUGCGGAUAUGAAGGUUUCCCAGAUGGAGCCUACAUGCAGUAUGUCGAGGACCAGGCACGCAAUGCUGGUGUUGUCGUCCCUCUGAUUAGCAAUGAUGCCUGGGCUGGUGGCCACAAUGCACCUGGCACUGGCAAGGGGGCGGUCGAUAUCUACGGUCAUGAUAGCUACCCUCUUGGCUUUGACUGUGCCAACCCUUCUACUUGGCCAUCUGGUAAUUUGCCCAAAGGGUGGUAUCAAACGCACAUGGAUCAGAGUCCUUCUACCCCGUACUCUCUGGUUGAAUUCCAAGGUGGAGCAUUUGAUCCUUGGGGAGGCGUUGGGUUCACGAAGUGUGCUGCUCUUCUGAACCAUGAGUUUGAGAGAGUUUUCUAUAAGAACAACCUCAGCUUCAAGGUUGCUUUCCUGAAUCUGUACAUGAUCUUUGGUGGUACCAACUGGGGUAAUCUUGGUCACCCUGGUGGCUAUACAUCCUAUGACUAUGGUUCUCCAAUUACAGAGUCUCGCAAUAUCACUCGCGAGAAGUACAGCGAGCUCAAGUUGAUUGGAAACUUUGUCAAGGCGUCACCGGCGUACCUGCUUACAACACCAGGAGACUUGAGUACUUCCGAGUACACUACAUCAUCCGAUAUUGCAGUGACGCCCCUGCUCAGUGGUAACAGCACAGCAUCUUCGUUCUUCGUGGUCCGUCAUAAUGACUACUCAAGCCAGACUUCAGUCGACUACAAGCUCAAGGUUUCUACCAGCGCUGGCUCCCUCACAAUCCCACAGCUUGGUGGAAGCUUGACUCUCAGCGGUCGUGACUCUAAGAUCCAUGUUGUUGACUAUGAUGUUGCAGGGACCAAUGUUCUCUACUCUUCCGCUGAAGUGUUCACCUGGAACCAGGUUGGCAACUCCAAGGUGCUUGUGCUGUACGGUGGCCCUGGUGAACACCACGAGCUGGCAGUCAACUCCACAUCCAAGGCAUCUGUUGUCGAGGGUUCCUCGUCAGGUUUCACCACCAAGCAAGUUGGGAAGACCGUUGUGAUCGGCUGGGAUGUGUCCACCACUCGUCGAAUUGUCCAAGUAGAUGACUUAAAGGUUUUGCUUAUUGACCGUAACUCUGCAUACAACUACUGGGCUCCUCAGGUCCCGGCGUCAGGUACUAGACCUGGCUACAGCACCCAAAAGGCCGCCGCGUCGGCCGUCAUUGUCAAGGCCGGCUACCUUGUGCGAACUGCCUAUCUAAAGGGCAGUGACCUUCACCUCACAGCUGACUUUAACGCCACCACACCUAUCGAAGUGAUCGGUGCGCCAUCCAAGGCAAAGAACUUGGUCAUCAACGGCAAGAAGGCCCAGGUCAAAGUCGAUAAGAACGGCAUCUGGUCCAGCAAUGUGGCAUACAGUACACCUAAGAUCAAGCUCCCCACUCUCAAGAGUCUGAAGUGGAAGGCCAUUGACACACUCCCCGAGAUCCAAAGCUCAUACGACGACUCCAAGUGGGUUGCUGCCGACCUCGCCAACACAGCAAACAGCGUCCACCCUCUGCAGACCCCGACCUCCCUCUACUCAUCCGACUACGGCUUCCACACAGGAACCCUAAUCUACCGAGGCCACUUCACCGCGACAGGCGAUGAAACAACCUUCUUCAUGCACACCCAAGGCGGCACAGCAUUUGGCAGCUCAGUCUGGCUAAACUCCACGCACAUCGGAUCCUGGGCGGGAAUCUCGAUUGACAGCGACUACAACGCCACAUACACCCUCCCAACCCUAACAAAGGGCAAGUCCUACGUAUUCACCGUAGUCGUGGACAACAUGGGUCUAAACGAAGACUGGACAGUCGGCUCAGAGGAAAUGAAACUGCCCCGCGGUAUCCUCAACUACGAACUCUCCGGUCAAUCCGCCGACGCAAUUACCUGGAAACUAACCGGCAACCUCGGCGGCGAGGACUACAUCGACACAGUCCGCGGCCCGCUCAACGAAGGCGGUCUCUACGCCGAACGCCAGGGCUUCCACCAGCCUUCAGCACCUACACAAGAUUGGAAAUCAGACAGUCCCUUCGAUGGCCUCUCAGCACCCGGCAUCAAAUUCUACUACACAAGCUUCGAUCUCGAUAUCGAGAAGGGCUGGGAUGUACCCCUCUACUUCAAUUUCGGAAAUAGUACCGCGCCGCCUGCUGCGUACCGUGCCCAGCUGUAUGUGAAUGGCUACCAGUAUGGUAAGUAUGUGAACAAUAUUGGGCCGCAGACAAGUUAUCCGGUUCCCGAGGGUAUUUUGAAUUAUCGUGGGAGCAACUAUGUUGCCUUGAGUCUGUGGGCUCAGGGAGAGGAUGGUGCUAAGGUGGAGAAUUUGGAGUUGGAUUAUACUACUCCCGUGUUGACUGCGUUGGAUGCGGUUGAGGCAGCUGGGCAGCCGAAGUAUUCGAAGCGGAAGGGGGCUUAUUAG